AUGAUGGAUGUAGCCGACCAGCCUCCGGCACCAAUUGCGCCGCCGCAGCUCGCCAAAAUCCCGAUCGCGCAGCUGUCGCCUACUCUCAAGCAGUCCCACGAGAAAUGCAUCGAAGCAGUUGUGACGCUCGUCUGGCCGUAUUCAUCUUCGACCAAGCGCCUCAGCCUCUUACUCGCCGAACCUGAUUUCCGCCUACGACGUUUACAUGGACAAGUCAAGGCGAUAUUUCAUGGGCGCGUUGCGGAACAAGUUGCUGCGUCCCAUGUCGGUAUUGGUGACAACAUUUGUCUUGCUCUGAAAGGUUCGAAACUUGUCGCGAAUGACACGGCGACACAGACUCCUGGGAGAUAUGUCGCGUGGGAUAUCCAUUUCGACUAUGACUUGUCCCUAGAGAUCGACCGAUCAUCAAAAGAUUCUUCGAAAACUUCCAUUGAAUAUCACGAUCCGGCACAACAUGAAUCCGAACAAGCUCCGCCCUCUACACCUCGCAUCGUUUCAACGGACCCAUUGGCACUAGAGCAAAGAUCCUGGGAAUCGCCAGCCUUUCUACGAUCCGGUUCGAAUGCCUUUGGUAGCGUUCCUCGUACCUCUCUAGAGCUGUCAGCUGAGGAAGAUGGGUAUAUUAUUGGAAAGGGAAGGAAACGACCAAGAUAUAGCUUGAAACGCGAUGAUUGGCAUAUCGUGGAUGAACCUAUGAGCCCACAGGAGGAGGAACCUGUGGUGAAUUGGUGGGAGAAAGACUCUUGGGAGAAAAUGUCGGCAGAAAACGAGAGUAUCGAACAGGAAGUGGAGGAAAAUGCAGAUGCAGAGCCUCGGGUUGAAAGUGAGAUGCCCGAUGAGGAUCAAAUUAACGGAAAUGCAUCUCGGGAGCAGUCCCCUGUCUUUAUCAAACCCUCUCUUGAUAUUUCUGGUGGCCUUUUCGGCAGGCGGCCACCGCAAUCCAGCGAGAUUCCCCAUGGCGCGAUGGAAACUACUUUCCAACAGCGCCUGAUGUCAGCCUCGCAUCUUCCUACAGAUACGCCGCAACUCCGACCAGUACCUUCGCCUGGCCUUCCAAUACCAUCACCUAUCGUCUCAAAUCCAAACACUUCACAGGGUUACUUUUCGGACUUCCACACUAUCUCACAAACACAAAGCGCAGAUCCUGUGUCUCUGGAGGCCGAUGCCAGUGUCACUGCCUCGGAACCCAUAUCCAUCUCUCAUAUUUCACCUGUUUCUCCUCCAAGAGCACCGCCGAUACUUGCUGCAGAUAUAGCGAGCACACACCAAGAUGAUGGUUCUGUUUUCACACCAGCUGGCCUGGUGCCUCAUCAGUCCCCGUCAGGAUUUUUCUCAGAAAACCUACCAAUUGAAGCGGCAUUAAAUCAAACAGAAUUGUUCGAUUCGUCCGAUUUUAUCAAUGACACCGAGGUGAUUGAGUCUGGCGUUGAUAAUGAACAUGUUGCCGAGCCGCUUCUGUCGGUCGUGACAGAUGAAGUGGCAACUCAGCCAAUCGCGUUUGAUGGGAUUGAAGGAUCAGGGGAAAGUCAAGAGGACCAUAACAUGGAACAUGAGGGGGAGCCAAGAUUUGAGACAGGGUCCGAAAUCAAAGCCAUUGAAGACAGCGGUGAAAAUGCUCAGACUAGCCCAGAAUUUUCAUUGCAUGCGCUAGAGGCGACUAGCACCGACACAGCUCUACAACGUACACAAGGACCAGCGCUCGAGAAGACUACAAGUGAUGGGAGUGACGAUUCUUCAGACGAAUCCCAGGUAAGGCAAGAUCAUCGCCCGCGCCAUGCCAAUUAUAGCGACCAAGAGAGUCUUCAAGCCGAGGAUGAAUCUCUCUCUUAUGACGAGGAAGAUGGGGAGUCAGGCUCUGAGUUGGAAGAUCAAUACGACGAAACUCAAGCAGGGGCAAGCAGCGAUGAGGAGUCCGAAGCAGCGGAUCUGCCACACCAACCCCCUACCCAGCAUGAAGUGAUUGUGUUGGAUAGCGAUAGUGAAGAUGAGCUCACCUCCAAUCAGCCGGCAAAUCCGCAAUCUAUCCACCAAGAACGCAGAACAUACCAUGAUUCAUCAUCACAAUCUGAACAUGAAGGGUGGGAUAUGGCUGAACAAGAGGAGAUAUCCCAAUCAGAAGCCGAAUAUUCUGAGGAUGAUGGGGUUGAGGCUUACCGUCAAGAUGAUAGAGUUCAUGACAGUGAUAAAGAAGACGAGUCAUCUGUGGAUGUGUUGGCACGAGACCAUUAUUUGCAUAAACAUUCAACUCGAGAGUCUUCUGUACAUGAUGAGGAAGGCAAAGGCGACACUUCUGACAUAGCCUCAGAGGGGGCUUCAUCAAGGGACUAUCAUUCUGACAAUGUUAUCAAACCCGGCACAAACACAGAAUCUGUCAUCGGUCUAGACUCUGACGAAGAUAAACUUAGCAAGGCCGGUGAAGAUUCUUUCCCUCGGGAAGACUCAGCGCCUGCUAGCCGAAUUGAGAAGGUUUGGGCUGGCGCAAAGUCAAAGGCAAAUGUACCGCAUGGGUUGGAUGGCACACAUGAUGAACGUUCCGAUGAAGUAGCGCCAUCGGGUACGGAAGAUCAAAUUGGGAACGAAGAGGCAGAAACCACUCCGGUAACAUCUGUUUGGCCACAACUUUUGACCCCUGCUCCUACUCAAGAAGUCGAUGGUUUACAGGCUACUGUGAGCAAGGAGAGGGAGGAGAUGACGCAGGAUUCUCCCACACUAGACACCCAUGAAUCCCCAAUGGGGUUGCAUGUCUCUGUUCCAACGGCACCAGACACUGGCCCAGAUGCUACGGACCGCGCAUCUGAGAACACCAUGGAUUCAUCACUUCUAGAGCAGGCCUUUACACCUGUAGGCAUCUCUGAUGAGAACCUUGCAAGCGGCCCGCUCAUUGUCUUACCAACCACAGAGACUGCUCACCCUGAGGAACAGCCGGGCGCUUCCCAGGAGGAAAUGCUGGAAACGCCAGCCGUUAUCGUCAGUCAGCUCCCAGCUCCUGAUCGUCAUGCCCAUGGACUACGCAGCAAACUGUCUUACUUCGCCCCUCUUGCAACUCUUAUCGACCAUUUUAGUGCUUUGGUGGACACCAUCUCAAUUGUUCACGAAGUGUCCCCAAUUGCCAAAGCAGUCUCUGGUCCAAAAGACUACUUCCUGACCGUCCAACUUACCGAUCCGUCCAUGGCUGGAACUGUCCUCCAGGCCCAGCUUUUUCGACGUUACAAGUCUGCAAUGCCGACAUUGGUUGAAGGGAACGCAGUGUUACUCCGAAAUCUCAAAGUUCGCAGUUUCGAUCACUCGAUCAUGCUGGUCAGUGUUGAAUCCAGCUCAUGGGCUGUCUUCGAUGGUUCCGGACCGGAAGCACAAGUCAAUGGUCCUCCUGUUGAAUAUAGCUCGGAGGAGCGAGCUUAUGCAUCUGGCUUGCGAAAGUGGUACAGCGAAUUCGGCGCAAGCAUGGUCGCUGACCACCAACUUCAAGCGUCAAUCCUCAGAGAGAGCGUGGAUAGAGAGGGUAGUGCUUUGAUAAGUGAAUCCGGAAGUAUAGACUCAGUGACUCGUGGUGACCCUUCGUCCUCUGCUCGAGGCUCGAAGCGCUCGCGUAAGAGCCACCGGCGGGUUACUAUUCAUGAACUCCGAGAUGGUCGACGCUACACCGAGGUUGGGUCCCCGAGCAGCAAAGAAAGCAUCCAUGAAUUACGUGACGGUACACUUUAUGCGAAUCUGUGA